CAUGUUUUCCCAUCACACCUGAGAAUUGUAUGAGAAAUACAUAGUGAUUAGAUAGAUAUAUAGGAAUGUUGAAGGCUGAGGUCAAGUGACAAGCCACUAAAAACAGCCAGUAGUAGCCAGCGAUUCACCCUUGGCGUCUAAACGAACCGUUUCUGCCGCUCAACGAUCCAUGGUACGAGAAUUAAUUGUCUCAAAACAUAGCGAUAACGCUCAGAAACCCCAUAUUCAAGCGUCUUCUCCUCUACCAAUCCCUCAUCAUGGAGGAAACGCCAAUGGGCGAGUCCAUCAAGAUAUCUUGUGAACGAUGUCGUCGCCGCAAGAUAAAAUGUGAUCGAAAACGACCGUGCUCGCGGUGUAUCAAGGCUGGCACGGAAUGUAUCCUCAGCGGUAGCGGAGAGAAGCAACGGCCAAUAUCUAAAGGCUAUGUUCAAGCUCUGGAGGGUCAAGUGGCAUCUCUUGAGCUGCUGCUUCGCAAGCUCGCCGUUGCUGAUAGCGCUGAAAGAGAUGAGAUGCUGUCCGAGAUCGCCCUCUCACCACCAGCCUCACUCGACAUUACACAGAAGUCGCAGAUUGACCAUGCCAAGUCAAAUACUGAUCCCAAAGUUGUAGCUGCUCAGGUCCGUUCUGGACAGCUGAGACGUCCUCGAUCGAGCCAUGCCACUCAGUUUUUCGGCGGCACCAGCGCUUUUCACAUCCAUCUCUCACAAGAGGUCUCAUUAUCCCCAGAUGAGAUAACUACCCACCUCGAAUCUAACUCUACACCGCUCAUGAUGAACAUACCGGAAGUGAGCGCUUCCAGUAGCCCGAGAGACCCGAGCUUUGUCUACGCACCUCACGAUGAGACUUCCCAGACAUGCAUGGCAGCCUAUUUCAAAUAUCAGUAUCAGUUCCAUAUGCUCAUCUACAGAGAGUACUUCUUACGAGACUAUGAUGUUGGCUCGGGAAGAUACUAUUCAGAUGCCCUGCUCUUUGCUAUCUGCUCGCUUGGCGCCAUGCAGCUCGAUGAUUCUCGCUUAGUAUCCGAUAUCUUUGCCCACCAGGCCCAGCAACUGAUCUACGCAGCUCUCGACAGUCCAGAACUCACCACCUUGCAGGCUUUGGCCUUGCUGGGCUACCGUGAAAUUGGUGUAGGUCACACGUCAAAGGGCUGGCUUUUUGCUGGUAUGGCCUUCCGACUUGCCCAUGAGAUGGGUCUUCACCUUGACCCAAACAACUGGGACGCUUCGACAGAAGGAACAUCAAACCGCGACACGGAGAUUCUUAGACGAGUCUACUGGGCUAUCUUCAUUGCAGACAAGCAACUGAGUCUCUACUUUGGAAGACCACCAGCUCUGCACCCCAGCGAAUCAGACGUCCGCAACACUAUCAGAUUGCAGUACCCUCCAGACUGGGAGGGUUUGCUGGACACGUACAUUUGUAAAGGUGCUUCAGCAACAGAAUUCGAAGACGGUGUUGCACUUGUUGGGUCCUUCAUCUACCAAGCAGAGCUCUGCAAGAUCGCCCAUCUCAUGAUCACGGAUCUCUUCGAGAAUCGUCGAGGUAACGUCGACGCCACCGUAGCUGCAGCCAGGUCACGACAAAUACACGUGUCGCUCACAAAGUGGCUAUCGAGUCUUCCCGGUACUCUGCACUGGAACCAAUGGACUGUAGGAGUGGUGCAACCAUCGGUGCUUCGUAUGCAGUGAGUUGCCCCCCUAAGUCGCGUCAUCUUUAUACACUAACAAGUUGAAGCAUGCUAUUCCAUACAAUCAUGAUUAUCCUUCACCGGCCACCUUCGCAUAUGUACGAGAAACAAGGCAUUGCUGAAAGCGAAGACGUGGAGAUCUGCUACGAGUCGCUGCAGGCUAUCCUGCGUUUGAUGAGAACAUAUUCGCGACACUAUCGAUUCCGCUCGUUGCCACUGGACUUUGUCCAGACUCUAUCCACGGCAGCUGGCACCAUUAUGAUGAAGAGGUUCUUCCAGGGAGCCUCGUGGGAUGACUCAGACAUUGCACGGUCACUCUCGACCGUCAUUGAUGCAAUGGAGGAAGUACAGCACACUUGGCCAUGCAUGGGUGAGAUCAAAGAUUAUGUCGUACGGGCACGAAAUGCACAGGUUGUGAUGCCCCCGGAAGAUCCUCUCAUUGGGCCAGAUCUCAUGAACGGCCUAGAGUUGGGCCACAAUGUCACAGCUGAGCUCAUGGCUCAGUGGGGAGAAGAGUUAGGUACACUUGUGACGGACGAAUUCUUGAGUAUGCAGCUCCAAGGUUCAGAACAAGGCGUGAUGGCGCCGUUUGACUUCAACCAACCGCCCCUAGGGCCACAAUAGGGAUGAGUUGUCGGUUGUAAAUAUUUAGAGGUAGAGUAAGAUAUAACAAAGCUGCAAAGCCAAUAUUGAUUGAACAUGAAUUUCUUCAACAGUCA